AUGGAUUUAGUGCUGCUGCUGGGGGGCUCGGUGGGCGCCUUUCGGCUGCUCAACACCGUCGUGGAGUGCCUGGUGCCGCCACCCUCUCGGGCGCAGCGCCUCCGCUGGAAGUGGCGCAAUAUUUGGACGUCGCUUGGCCACAGCCUGCUGAGCAGCUCCUGGGCCCUCCUCGGGUUCUACUUCUACCCCUCGAUGGGCGAGGAUCUCAUCGACCAAUUCUCGCCCUCCGCGCACUGCUUGCUGGGCAUCUCCAUCGGGUAUUUUGUGCAGGACUUCCUGGACAUGGUAUGUAACCAGAAGCUUCAGAAAUGUUGGGAGCUGCUCUUCCAUCACUUUGUGGUGAUCGUUUGCUUUGGCUUUGCUUUCCUGGCUCGUCGCUUUGUGGGCUUCGCAAUGGUGGCUCUGCUGGUGGAGAUCAACUCUGUCUUCCUGCACCUGCGGACGAUCCUGAGGAUGGCCGGCUUGGCCAACACUCCCUUCUUCCGCCUCGCCAGCCUCGUCAACCUUGGCACCUACCUGGUGUUCCGAAUCCUGAUCUUGGCCUGGAUGAGCCGCUGGCUGGCCCUUAACCGGGAGAAGGUCCCGGCAGUCCCCUACGUCAUGGGCACGGUGGGCAUGGCCAUCAUGCUGUCCAUCAACAUUGUCCUCUUCUACCGCCUGCUACGCUGCGACUUCCUCCCAUCUCGCAAGAAGUAACGGCUCGCCACCAAGCACCAGGGGAAGGAGAGCCAGCCGAACAAGGCAGAGGGCCCAAGCAGGCAGGGGGAGAGGAGGGUUUUUUUCCCCAGCGUCUCGGGAGCCCCUUUGCUGCCGAGCGAUGCAGAUGGGAGCAGGGCCAGCCUUCCCGGAGAGCCCUGUGGAACAGUGUCGUUGUGCUGCUUGGCGGGAAGGCUGGGAGCGAUGACAACACAGCCAGGUGGGUUCCGCUUUGCCUUCCGUGAGGGAGGGGGCUUAUUGAAAUGACUUUGCCCUGUGCAUCUGUGUUCUGGCCUUUACUUCUGGUAUCUGGUUCCCUGAAGGUGGUGAGUCUCCUGGGAACAGGUGCUCUCCGCCUCGCCCCUUCCCUUCCACCCCUGCCCCAUGGCAGUACCCGAGAUGCUGCCAGGCCGUGGAAGGGUGUGGCAGAGAGACCGUCUCACCGUCCCCUCCCUGAUGCCCAUGGUGGACUCUCUGGAGAAUAGCAUUUCGUAAGGAGCCUCCCUGGGAGCUGCUACCCUUCCGUUCGGGGUUUUAAUUGCUAACGUUCUGUAGGUAAAUUUCACCAGUGCUGGUACAAAAGGGACCGGGACAGAUGGGGGGGGGCUUGGGAAUGGAAAAAGAGCAAGGACAGAUCAGAGCCUCGGGGGUUUUGCUGGAAGCUUCCCUGUCAACAGCCAUUCCUCCUCUCUCCCCCCCCCCUAAGAGUUACAAGCAGGCCCUGCAGCCCUUCCUUCCCUUUGAGCCGAGGAAGGCAGCGUCCAAGGCUGUCAGCCUCUGUCCCUUCCGGCUUCCCCAAAGGCUGGAUUCUCAGGCCCGUCCCUGGAACUGCCACCCUGAUGCCAACUGCCAGUGCCUUUCACCCACUAAGUGCCCAGUAAUUAUCUCUAAACCUAGGAUUACAAAGCAGCUAUCCGGUUUUUUUUCUUUGUGUAACAAGAUGUUAGAUGAUGCGUGUGCACACGAGAAUAAAGAAACUUUCGUGAAUGCUAA